UCUAUCUAUAUCAAGCAUCUAACUUCUUCUUGACAUGUCUUGAGCAUUUUUCUGUACAAAAAUUGCAUUUUUAUUUUCAAUUUAGCGUUAAUCUUAGAAUCAACUUAAUUGAAAUCAUGUUUGCAGAUACUUUACUCAUCAUUUUUAUUUCGGUCGGUACAGCAUUGCUGUCAGAAGGAAUCACAUACAUCUUGGUAUACAGGACUGAGACAUACAAGAAGCUGAAAGCUGAGGUAGAAAAACAAAGCAAGAAACUGGAAAGGACGAAAGAAGCGCUUGGUGAUUCAUCGGACAAGAACCAGAAGAAAAAGCUUGAGCGUCAGGAAGAAAAGUUGAAGACAAACAGCAGGGAUCUUUCCAUGGUCAAGAUGAAAUCUAUGAUUGUUAUUGCAUUCACGUUCACUUCGCUAAUGAGCAUGUUCAACUCAAUAUUUGAUGGUCGUGUCGUUGCCAAACUCCCGUUCACACCUAUAUCCUGGUUACAUGGUAUCUCGCAUCGUAAUCUUCUUGGAAAUGACUUCACAGAUUCCUCUUUCAUCUUUCUCUAUAUACUGUGCACCAUGUCAAUCCGGCAGAAUAUUCAGAAGCUCCUUGGGUUCGCACCUUCUCGAGCUGCAGCCAAGCAGUCUGGAGGCUUUUUCGGUCAGGCACAGCCAGGAGUUAAAUAGCGCCCUCAACGUAAAUAGCAGCCAGAGAGUGUCCUUUGUAUCAACGGUUCUUUUUUAAUCAUCAAUUGUUACUUAAAGCCCCACUGUACUACUUGUAGCUACUUGCUCCCUCUAUAUAGAAAACAAUGCCUAAUCGGUGACCUUUGCUCCCCCAUGAUCCUCUUUUUCUUAUGUUAAUUGAGAGCUGAGUUGAUGAGAUAGCCACCUGUCAGUGACCACCCUGGGUGGUCUAAUUCCUCCUAGCCAAACUAGUACAGACGGCCUUUAAAGGGUAGGGUUAGGGUUGAGGUCAGUUCAAAGGUAAGAGUUCGAUAUAGUGUUUGAGCCAGGGUUAAAGUAGGGCUCGACUCUCCACCCAUGUAUUAAUGAGUACCAAAUAUGCUGGAGCUCGUCUAUGAAUGGGGUAAUAAACUUGGAUUGACUUAAGUUGGACUUGAACUAUGGCAGGCCCUUCAUGCCACUGGUUGCUCUCUCAAGGGACGUCACAAAUCUACAGAAUUUACCUUUUUUUGAUCGUUCAUUGUUGAAGAAAAAAAAGUUAUUUACAUUGUAAUCUUAAGUUACAUUUAAGACUUGGACUUACACUAUGGUAGGUGAUUUAUGCCCUUAAAAAGUCUUGAACCAGAUGUAAUUUUAGAGG